GGAAACACUUGCUUCAGCCUUGGCGCUUGAUCGAGCGUAAUCCUGGAGUGAGCUCGGUCGAUCCUUGAAGAUGGCUUUGUGGGAUCGUGUGUUGUCGGGCUUCAACCUCGAUGACGAGACCGUCAAUUUCGGUACGCGAAUAAUCGCGGAAAACAAUGGCUCGCUGUACGAGACGUGCACCAUGGCGACUAUUCAGUCCCGAGAGCAGGUGGACCAGAAACCAAAUGUUUCAGCAUCUAUUCAGCAUUCCAAACUCUUCGUUGCGAUUGACAAAUCCAUUACAAUUUUUCAAGAUGAAACGUGCGAUAAAGUAUUUCUUAACGCCAGUUUUCCCCACCCGAUAAUUUGCUACUGCACAUCCAAUGAUGGUUUAUUCUUAUUUGUGAUGCUUACGAGCAGAACUUUGUGCUGUUUUCACAUAUACGAGAAGAAAUUACUCUCUAUGAUACCUAUACCUGAUAAUCAGGCUAAUGUUCCUGAUAAUAUAAUCGAUAUUUCCUUCAAAAAGCAAGAGGAAGAAACAUUUGUGAUACUUGUCUCAAACACUGGAGCUAUUUACAAAUGCCCUUUUAAGUAUUCUUGUAAAGAUGUGGAGAAUGCAUCUCCCGAUAUUAAUCAAGUUGCAGAAUACGCAAUGGACAUACAGUGCUCUCAGCUGUUUCCAGGAUUUGCAUGUCUGGAGUUCCUCAGUGCUACAGCGGACGCGUCAUCGGAAGAACUAUCGAUAACUGUGGUUGGAGCAAAUUCAAUAUUCACUUGGCCCAGUGAGCAAUGCAACAACUUUGGCGCUGUAUUUUCCUUCGGAUAUAAAAAAAUAAAACAACUGAAUAGUAGCGGUAAGAUGCUUUGUCUGCGUACAGACCACGUAUUGAGUGUUGUGUGUCCGGAUACGUUACUCGGCUUGAAAUUGUACGAUGGCCCAGUGUUCGACUUUACCAUAGUACAGAACGAUAAUGUUAAUUAUUCUUGUGAGAUUUUAUUCUUGACACGAUCCGAAAGCAAUGACAACACGUACAAAUUAUGCCUCGUUUCUUAUCCAGACUUCGAGCAGAAAUUAGAGAUCAACGUUCCCACCGCUGCUUAUUUAUUCGAGAACUUGCACAACUCUAGCAACAUAUCCUACAUAGAAGGCGUUGCGGCCGAAAGCGGAGUCGUCGACACGUUCAGAGUGAAAAUCAUAUCGGAGAGCAUCCCCGAGAUGCGUUUAGCGAGAUUAUUAAGUAGAAGGCAGUUCGACGCAGCUGAGGCUUUUGCGGAGAAAUUCUCCCUCUCCGUGGAACCAAUUCAUUGUUCCAAAGCAGCGUUGUACGUGGAACAAUUCGCCCCUUGGACAAAAUCCACCUCCGACUCGGCUUGCGUGAGCACACUGAUAGACAUUCUCGAUAGAAUACAAAAUGUGCAAUACAUCACCGAGUGUUGCAGCAAAGCUCUCCUUUCCGAUUACACGCAGUUGAGACAGCUCUACUUGUACGCUCGCGAGAGAAUAGUGCAAGAUAUGAAGAGAGGGAACGCGGACGAUCAACUGAAUGCCAAUCUGUCUUUGAUAAACAACACGCUGCACAGACUCGAGACUUUUCAAAUGAUCCAAGACACCGAGGCGGAUGACACCUCGUCCCUGAACGUUGACACGGCUAUGAAUAAAUGGAUCAAAUUCUCGCAAGUGAAUUUGUUGCACGAAUUCAACGUCCACUUACGCAUGGGUCAACUGAAAUCGGCCACCUUAAUUUGGACAAGGCAUCUUCCCGACAUAAUGGAGCGCGCGUCUGUGGAGACUGUGCGAAAUAUUUUUACAAUUUUACCCGAUGACCUGGCCCCGUCGUGUUUGUGGCCGUGGCUUACCCAUUUUAUACCCACCGUGUUGUCUUUGUUACCCGACGCGAUGGACGAGAUCGUAUCUUGGGGUUUGAAGAAAUUGAAGUAUCUUGAGAUAUCUCAUUGCAAGGUAUGGCCGGAAAUUGGCACGGACUUCGCCGAAAAAUUCAUAAGGUUGCUCAAAUUCGAGGACAAUCAGCAGUCGGUUUACUUCCACCAAGAGUACAAGUAUCAGAACUCUCUGCUGAAGCAGCUGAUGCUUUUGCUUCAAGCUCUGUCCGACAUUCAACAAUUGAAGGUCGCCUAUAGGUUGAGAGUGCCUCUUAGCAUAUACGUCGAUUCGCCCGUAGAAGCGACUUAUAUGUUAUUGGAUAGAAUUCAUCUGGACGAAAUCCCCGAUUUUAUGAAUACAUUCCUGAAGCAAUACAUGCUCAAUAAUAAUUUACAAAACGACUCCGUUCUCUGUACAUUCAUACAGAAAACAGUAAAGAACUCCAGCAGCUGGUGGAUCGGCGAAGAAGUUGCAUGGGAAAGAAGAGUUGCUGUUAUAAUAGACUUUAUAUACAAUUUAGAGAAUCGAUUGGAGCAAACUUUGGAGGUUUUGAAGAGGGCUCCGGUACCAUGGAGCUCAACUAUAAGCACGCUGGCAGAGACCAGCAGUAACUUCGAUCACAGCUUGUCCUCUAAGAUCAAGCUCGAACGUGACUAUAUUCCGAAAAAAAUCGUCCUAAAGAAAUACGGAUACAUGACAAUUGGCGUGAAUAAUAGAUUGAUAUCACGUAUCAUAAAAGAAGAUCGUGAUUCUAUGAUCAGUGACAUAGACGUAUUGGCUAAGAACGAUCAACAAUUGAGGCAAGAUGCGUUUUCUCGGUGCAUAAGCGCCCGAUUGAACGAAGGAAACCUGCAGAAAGCAAUGGACAUAAUAUACCACCUGGAAGAUAAUAUUGCUGACGCUUUGCAUUGUUACGAGGGAAUUGUCAAUUACAUUAUCACAGCCUUUUCUCUUCGGGACGUAUCACUGGAAAUCUUGGGCCAUCACGUAGAGAUUCUGGGUUGCCUCGAGCUCAAAAUACACAAUUUAUCGGCACAGUCGAAGGUGGAUGUUUUCUUCAGCAAUGACAUCAUCGGUAUAAUGAGAGACUUGAAGUCGUUAUACGUACUGAGGAAGAAUUAUCAGGUUGAUGCCUCGUGGAAGAGUUAUCGCACGCAAAAGUCACUCGUGCUGCAGAAAUGCAUCACAAAAUUGCUGUCAGGCGCCGGGAAGAAUGAUUUGUCGGCUAUACAUAAGAUGGUUACUCAAAUCGCCGCGCUCUUAGGAUUCGAGAAAUCACACGCAACUCUGUCCUUGUUGAAGCAAGUAAAAGACACGGACGCUAUGCAGCAGCUUAUCGAUGGCGACGAUAAGAAUCCAGAUGUGACGCCGGAUGAAUUCGAAGAUAUGAAUGAGAUGUGCUUGUGCGCACUGAGACACGCUGCUGCGGACACAGACACCGUGGAAAUAGUCAAGAGCUUGAGCGCUUCGAUGUUGAACACCUGUCGAGACAACGAUUUACCGGCUGCGCUGUCGCUUCACACCUGCGUCAACGUGUGUCCGACCCUUCCUGUCCAGCGUUAUUGCGAUGAGGGAGAAGGAACCGCACCGAAGUCUAGUUUGAAGCUGUACGCAAUAUAUGAGGAUCAGGCGAUAUCUUUGGACAAAAGAUUGCUGUCUCUGUUCAAGGACGCGAUGUCUCUGCAGCUGUGCCACUCAGGUCGGAUCGACGAUGGUGAAAACACAGAUUGCAAUUCCGAACAGAUGGAUGGAUUGCUGGGCAACUUCCUGAUGAAUACGAGGGAGCUGCAACACCAACACAACGAUUAUUCCUUGUUACGAAUCUUCGAGACGUUCUACUUCGCGUACUGCAGCAUCUCAGCGAAGAACGAGAACGCACUGGCGGAGCUGAGAUCGGCGCUGUCGCAGCUUUUGCUGAAUUUGCUGAGAAAGUUGUGCACCGGACGAUCCUUCGAUCUGCACCUGGGACUGGCUUGUCUCUUUAUGCUGCCCGACCAAGAGGCGUGCAGUUGGAUCUCCACAGCUUGUGCGUCAUUCGAAGCCGACCACAUUCGACAUUCCAAAGCCUUGAUUCUGGGAUAUGAGUACUCGUACAUGGGAAGAAAUCGCUCGUUGAUGCAGAAGUUCGAUAAUUACAAGCUGCUGCAUAUCUGGGCACAACGACUGUCGCAGUAUUCAAUAACUUAUAGAGAAAUGUUCACGAGCGAUACUUCAAGUAAAAGAGAAAUCUUACAGAAUAUCAUAAGCAACAGUAAGAAGAGCGCGAUUCCCAUACUGAAAAACUAUUGCUACAAUUUUGGCUUCAAUUUCACCGAUUGUCUGUUGCUUUACUUGCAAAAAUUGCUGAAAACGUGGAAUCCGACAAUAACGAUCUCGAGCUUGAAUAAAGAAUUACUCGUCUGUGAGGAAGAAGUGGACUCUCUAAAGAGAGAAUGCGAGGCUGUUGCCGCGGAAAUAGAGGAUAAGUCUGUGUUAAAGCAGUGGAUCUCCAUGUCUUGGGAACGCAUCAAUUUCUACCACUACGAAGUGUUCAUCAUCCUAAUGGAUCUCAUAGGAGACAGAGACAUGAAGAAGAGGAAUUAUCUACGUUUCCUGCAGAACUAUACACGCAGCGGGUCCCCCACGUCCACGGAACACAACGAAUGGAUACAAUUUAAUCCAGAACACAGCACGUUGCCGCCCAUCGCUCAAUGGAGACUACCGUUCCUGUUGAAGGUCGACUUUUGGAAGCUUAUCACGCCUGAAUUGAAUUUACGCACGUACGAGAAGUGGCUGAGCGUUGCGCGGGUCCUCAAUCUCGAGAUGCACCUGGUCUGCACACUGGCCAUCAAAGGCGAAGUGACGCACGUUUGGGGGAACAACUUGACCAGGUCGAAAGACCCGGCCGCAUGGUCGCUCAACCCGAAGAACACCACGUUGUUGAAGGAUAUCAAGAGAUGCAUACAACGGAUCACCGAUUCAGACGGAUUCUACUACGGCACCGCGGCUCUAUACUACGUUGUCAAUCACACACCUCCGGGCGCGGAUCGCGUCGCCGCCGCGAAGGAGUGUUACGAGUACUCCCAAUUGGCGGCGCAAAACUCCACGAAAUUCGAGGAGGGCAUGUUGGAGAAAAUCGAAUCCAAGUACCUGAGGUUCUCGUCCGAGCAUAUUCUGCGUACGCACGGUCUGGAGAAGGACAAGUAUUUCGCGUUGAUCGAGAGCCCGGGCAAGCUGGUGCGCGAAUUGUACCGGGACGAGAGCAUACCGUCGCGAUGUCGCAGCGCGACCAGCCACAGGCCCGACAUCAACGCCGCCGUCGACGAGCUCUGCGAGCUCUUCUCGUUGAACACGAUAAAGCUGCGCUUGGAGCUGUUGCAAGAAUGGUUGCGGUCCUCGAAUCCUCGGUACGCCGACCUGUCGCAGAGCUUCACGGAGAUAUUGCCGACAAUGAGGUCCGAUCAGAACACGGAAUACGAAGACAACUUGCUCAGGGCAUCCUACAUGCUCGAGUGUGAGAACACGUUGUUCGCCCAGUUUCUCGUAAAUAUAGGCUUCGAUGGUUACCAUGGCGAGGCCGAGUACGAUUGCGACAUGCGAUACCGAGCGCUUCGAGUAUUGCAGACUAUCGUUGAUACCGCCACUCUAGAGAAGCUGUCCGAACGAGAUAUAAAUACUUUCAGGAAAUAUGUCAAGUCGCUGCAGUACAUCAGCAGGUUGGACUCAUUGGGAUUGCGCUAUAACAUCGAUACGUUCGAGACGUGCUCGAAACGUGAACUGGUUCAGAUCCUGUGGAAAAGUCAGCGCCACUCGCCGUACGCUCUCUCCGUGAUAGCGCAGAUUUCCAUCGAGUUUGGGAUAUACGACAUCCUUCUUUGGGACGGCGUUUUAAGUCAGAUGACGAGGUUGAGAAUGACGAGCGAACUGAAGCGAAUCUUGCUGCAAGGACGAAGCCAGAGCGUCAUCGUGAACUGCAACGGCUACAGAAUGGGGUGGCAGUUGAUCAUCUCCGAGCCGUUCAGCGAAAUGGAAGUGACUCCGAGCGCGGAGCAGGUCAACAAUUGCGUGGAGGCGAUUCGUCUGUUGUACUCGUGCCCGAUAGCGCACGAGUUGGAUUUUUCUGCUAUCACGAGGAAUUGUUUCCAUUGCCAACAGAUGUGCUUGGCCGCCGCGCUUCUGCCGUUCUUAAACGAGACCGAAAGACAGUUCGCAUUACAGGUAAUUAAUCGAAAAUCGAUCGCAGAACUCACAGAAGGAUUGAACGAUUUAUCCUCCAAAGGGGUGCUGACGAUAGCACGCAGCCUCGCCAUCGUGCAGAAAUCUGUGCCAUGAAAAUCGAAGGAAAUGCGAGACCAUGAUAACAUACAUUUAUAUGGAGAUUGUCUAAAAAUUAAUCUAUUUUUUAAAAAUAAGUAAUAUUUGUAAAUUUAUGCGAAUUUCU